GGGGACCACAAAACACCUGUCAAUCCCCUGGCCCAUGGUCCAAGGUCGGUGUUACUCGCUGACACUUACCGUCCCGCCAUUCAAUUCCACCUUCUCACCUCCAGACCUCCCUCUACAGCUUCAUCUCCCUUCCCCAUCCAUCCCGCCAUCCAAAUACGAUUUAUCAUAUAACUGAUCACUACACCACGCUCUACUUGCUGCACGGAUAAUGCUCAUUGCAGCUUCCCCUGCUGCUGCUACUUCAACCGUUUGACACACACCGAUUGCGCGCAUCCUAUCCUUCCUCCGCCGAUAUGGUCUUCCUACGUCUUCGAGUCAAGGUCUACCCGCGCGAGCAGGUUGCGCCUACGCCAUCCUUCUCCUUCCGCUCGAUCCUCGGUGAUCGCGAUCGCGAUCGCGAUGACGCCAGCCGCAGUGCUAAUGGCUCGGGCGGUGGUAAACCCGUGGCAUUUCUGCUUGUGCUUGAGAAACCCGAGGAGAUUACGCUGGGCGGACUUGCUGGGUUGAUUCAGGAUAAGUGGAGGAAGUUGAGACCUAAUGCGGAACCUCUGGACAUUAAGAAACUCCUCGACGACGAUCAUGAAUCUGAUGACCUCGAUGCCGAUAUGACUGUCGCGGAAGUGUUUGUCGAUAACGGUAGAGCACGCCAAGAUAUGUCCGACCAGCGCGGUACCGUUCGUGUGAUACAGAAGCCUGGUCAAUAUGCCCCUGUGCGGUUCCCCUCCGUCACUCAGGACUGGGAUGCCGCUGCGCAGAACUUUGAGCGCCAGAUCCAGGUCAAGAAGGAGGCUGUUAAGAAAGCGAUGGAUCAGAUACCGACCAUCCAUGAAGAGGAGGGUAAUGAGUAUUCAAAUGCUGGCUCUGCUAGUGCACGGUCGUCUGCGUGGAGUCCCUAUGAGAACCGUCGGUCAGAAAUCCCCGUUUCGUCUGUCGAAAAGGAUGAGGUUCCAGGCUCGCCUGCGCCUUGGGAGAAGAAGUCGGUACUGCAUGAAGAGGAUUCUCAGAACCAGAUUGGCAGCAGUAUUGCAGCUACACCUUUGCAUAAGCGUAUGCAGAGCCAGGAGUUAGGGGAUUCCCCGUCGCAUACCCCGACGCCUGAAGAGCGCCCUGCAUCUAGACACAGUUCCUCGCAAGGUUCUGCGAAACAGCAGGCGAAGGAGACAACGGAAGGGCAAGCUAAUGGCUCGCAUGAAAUGGAAAGUAUUGAUGGAUCUCUGUCGCCGUUGAGUACUCGGAAACCACUCCAACGUCGACAGAUACCUGAAACCCAGCCGCCAGCCCCGGUCGUUAAUGUUGACAGUGAGAGCGAGAGCGAGAGCGAGAGUGAGAGUGAAGAUGAGACAGGAGACGAAAAUGACGAGAACUUGGCUCCCCCAUCUGCUCAGAAGAACAAGCUCCAGAACGGCGAUGUCGAUAUGCACGAUACGGUGGGUUCUACGCAGGAACAGCCGCAGUCCAGCUCGCGCAAGAGGAAAUUGAGCCAGGACGACUUCGAACCGAGCAAGGAGCCCCGCCUUUCUGAGCCAGGAAGCACACAUGAUACCCCCAAGGGCAACAAGCACGGCACGGUGACAGUUGAGGACUCGGCCAUCCCCCAGCCCAACUUUUUGGCCUCUAAUGGUACCCCGGAGAUCCCCAGCAGCGCCCCUACUAUUCGCCGUGGCUCAGUAUCGCUUGCUCCAUACUCGACGCCGUCGAAGGCCCAGGCUCCCCUUGACAAAGUCAAAAACCUGCACUCGGCCUUGCGCAAGAGUUCCCCAGCUGAACGACCAUCCGAGCGCCGAUCAGUAUCGUUCGCCGAAUCCGACGAGGUAGUAUUUGCUGGGUCUCAACCAGUGCCAAAGUCGAACCCUCAGAGUACCCCGAAAGCUCACGCCAAGGGUUCAGACGCCAGCCGGAGGACGCCCGAUCCAAGCUCUAUGGUCUUCCCUGCUUCGGUGCCCAAAGAGCGGCUGGACCAGCUCUUGGAAGAAGCAAACCGGAAAAUCGAGCAGGAUAAGCAAUACGAAGAGGGGUUGCAGGCUAAACUCCAGGCCGCGCGCGAGCAGAAAGCCGGUGCUGCGUAUAUUCGCAAGCUACAGGAACUGUCGGAUGCAUGGACAGCUCUCAAGAAGGCCGAAAAGCACCAGAAGACGAAAACGGUAGCUCAGCGGAAGUUCGACUCGCUUCAGAAAGAGGUCGACAAGCUUGAAGCUGCGCAGAAAUUAAAACCAGCUUCUGCUACACCGCAGAAGAAACAGCAGUCUACGACACCUAGCUCUCAGCCCGCUGAUGCCGCCAAAUUGCCGGCGCCGCAUGACACGAAAGCUGCGAAUGGCACCACAUCUCCAGCUUCGGCAAGCCGUGCUCAGCCUCAGAAGACUUCUCCUAUGCAAAUGCGGACCAGGUCAGCUAGCAAGGUGGACGCUUCCCCGAGGAUUGCCAGCGAGCCUCAGAGCUCUCUUGUUUCAGAUAACCUGGACCUGCCGCCUAUGAGCAGAACGGUUCACAGAGCCGGCUCUUCCAAACCAGACGGAACACCAGCCCGUGCAAGUACGGUAAAAUCGCCCGAGAAGACUUCUAAGCCGUCCCCGCAGGCACCAAUCGAGCUGUCGUCUGAUUCAGAGGAGUCCGAGGAGUCCGAAUCGGAAUCGGAGUCGGAGUCGGAGUCCGAGGAGGAAGAAGAAGAAGAGAAGAAGCCUGCGAUCCGUCAAACAGCCUCUUCACCAGUGAAAGGCAACACCGCAACACCCACCCAAGUUCCAGCCUCGCAACCAGCUCCGUCGCAGACAUGGGCACGUCCUUCAAGCGCGACGCGCACGACGCGCACGACACUAAAAUCAUUGAUCCAGAACCAGAAGAAGGAGCUGGAAGCGAAAACGCAGCCGAAACGCGCGGCAAACUCGCUGCCACAGAAGCGAAGUGUGUACUCGCCGCCGUCUGACGAUGACAGCGAUAGUGAAAGCGAGAGCGAGAGUAGCAGCAGCGACAGCGACAGCGAUUAAACAUAUCUUUCUAUUCGACUUCUACUUUAACAUUUGUUUCUUCCGGGUGGUUGUAUCAUCAUCAUCAUCAUCAUCAUCAACAUUAUUGUCAAGCGCACUGUGUUGGCAUUUCGGCUUUCUAUCUGAUAUAGCGAGAAUACUUUAUCUCAGUGAUAUUUGGACGUGUGCACCUAGCAGCAGCAUCUGGCGUGCAGUUAUGUAUGUAUUGCUUAGUUCCAAUGAACAAUGAACAAGAUAGCAGCA